GCCCGCGAGCCCGCCGGCCGCUUCCGCUCUCACGCAAGCGCAGCAGCGGGGCAGCGGACGCCGCCAGCAGGAUGGUCCUGGACAGCGUGGCCCGCAUCGUGAAGGUGCAGCUGCCCGCCUACCUCAAGCAGCUCCCCGUCCCCGACAGCAUUACGGGCUUCGCCCGCCUCACAGUUUCAGAAUGGCUCCGUUUACUGCCCUUCCUUGGUGUACUUGCACUUCUGGGCUACCUUGCAGUUCGUCCAUUCUUCCCGAAGAAGAAACAACAGAAGGAUAGCUUGAUUAAUCUUAAAAUACAAAAAGAAAAUCCCAAGGUGGUGAACGAAAUAAAUAUUGAAGAUCUGUGUCUUACAAAAGCAGCUUAUUGUAGGUGUUGGCGUUCCAAGACGUUUCCUGCCUGUGAUGGGUCCCAUAAUAAGCAUAAUGAGUUGACAGGCGAUAAUGUGGGUCCUCUCAUCCUGAAGAAGAAAGAAGUAUAACAGUAGCCAUUUUAAGAUGAAACUCUUGACAUAUUAUUUCCAACUUUGUUGUGCAUAGAAAAAUCUUUGGAAGUUUUAACUAUCAGUACUGGUUGAAUAAUUAUUUCUGCCAGUUAUUUUCUUGCUACACUACUGCUUAUAUUUGGUACUUUAUAUAUUCAAUUAUUGGUAUAGAACUCAAAUGGUCAAGUCUCAUUCUGAAAUCAAGCUUAAUGUGUCUUUCAACAGUAAAGUCAGCACUUCAAAUUUUAAUUAAUUGGGGAUUUAAAGUUUGACUGUGGGCUAGAAGUUAUUUCUUUGUAUAUCAGUAUUUCAACAGAAUGUAUAUUUUAAAAAAAAAUUCUCCCUUGUUCUGUUAAAUGUAUCUUCAUAUUGUCUUGUUUUGCUCAUUUGAAGUCAUUUGACAUUUUUUUGACUUUUGUAGAAUUCUGCUGCUUUUAGAAGAAUUAUGAAAAAUAUUGCCAUCAAGAAUAUUUGGAGGCAAUAGAAUCUGUUUUAUAGAGAUUUUAUCUUAUUACCAUAAUUAUUUCAAUUUCUAAAAAGUAAAUCAUAUAUAAAAAUUUCCACUGAAAAACAAUUAUUUUCAUCAUAAAAAUGGUUCGCCUUACAAAAGUCUUGUUCUGUGUGUGCUUGUGUGUGUGCUUGUGUGUGCGUGCAUGUGCGUGCAUGUGCGUGAUGCUUAACUUGGUGACUGCUGCGUGACAAGAGCACUUAUGAGUUACAGUUUGAAGGUCAACUAGAUAUAAAGUAUAUCUGAAUUUGUAUUAAAAUGAUGCAUAGUUAUUGCUCAAAAUUAUAUUUUUAUCUUUUUUGUAGUUAAUUAUAGAGAAAUGGCAACAGGAUAUUAAGUUACUUGUAUUCUAGUGGAUUGAAUUUGUAUAUACUGAGAGAAAAUAUUUUGAUCUUUUUUUAAAAGAGAUAACUCCUUUAUUGUAUUUUUUUAACUUCACAAAAUUCAGAUAAGACGCUUGUGUUUAUGUACAAAAUGACAGAAAAAACAUCUGGAAGGAAGUAUGACACAGCAUAAUCUACCCGCCCAGAUAAGGAGAGGACUUAGCAGGGGUUAUUGCUUUUACUUCCCAUUUCUCUCUCGUUUCCCCUCAGCAAAUGAUUAUAUACUUUCAGUUGAUUUUUUUUUUUAAAUCGAGGCUUUGAAUAAAAUUGUGGUAGCACAAUUAAGCUCUUUAGGCCCAUUUGAUAAGACCUUUGAUUGAUUGUCUGAAGAUAGGGUGGAGCCAGCAUUGCAGGAAGCGUAAUCACAAACGGAUUAGACAGUCUGUGUAAGGAAAGGAAGCCAUGCACAAGUUAGGGCAAAUACUGAAAAAAACAAAAAACAGAAAAACAAACACUCAUUUCACUUUCUGGCUCCUAAAUGACAUGAUACAUCAAGGGCAAAAUAGGCUUUAUAAAGAAGAUAAGAUUUAAUAGUACUUCAGCUCUACCAGAGAACCAUGUUACCUCCAGAAGCAAGGUAAAAGCAAGACAGCUAAAUUUGGGGACACUUGUUUGUCAAGUCUGCUGGGUUAGAUGGACCAUCUCUAGGAUUUCUUAUUUGUUACGUGAGCACAUAGCGAGCCUGGUGCCACAUUAUUCUGUCUGUUCUUUCUUUAGCUAUUAUUCCUAGCAGUUUGAGAAAGACAAGUGAUGGCAAGCUAAAAAGGAAAACGAUUUCAAAAGUCAACUUGUCACAUAAUUAAGUUACACUGACACAUUUUAUAGUCUAGCCUGUGUAUCGUGAAGUGUAAUGUUAAAUAGAUAUGUUUUAGAAAGACUCUUGUGUAUGAGUGCUUGUCUGUCUGUCUGUACGUCUGUAUGUCUGCAUGUCUGUAUGUAUUUGCACCAUGCUCCUGCCUGGUGCCCAAGGAAGCCAGCGAGAAUGUCGGAUCCCCUGGAACUGGAAUUAACAGACGGUUGUGAGCCACCAUGUGGUUGCUGGCAACUGAACCCUGAUCUUCUACAAGAACAUCCAGUGCUAUUAACAACUGAGCCACCUCUCUAACCCUGUAAAACUUGUAAUAAAAGAGGUUAUGACUGGUUUGAAGUAGCAACUGAAAUGUGGAAGGAAAUAUUACAAAAGGCAAAAGUGGUACAGAGUUAUGUUUGUCUGCUCACUUACUCUCAUGGUACUAAGGAUGGGACCAGGGCCUCACACAUUCUGGCGAGAGCCCUUUACACUCAGCUCCAUCUUGUGUUGUAUCUUUUUAAUAGUUUAAAACAUUGAAACAAAAUACAAGAAAGUUUUCUUGAUAGGUUUACUGGAAUUUUUGAAUUAUUUGUAAUUUUAGCCUACUAUCAGAAGUCUCUUUAGUUUUAUCUUACAAGUCUCGUGUAAAAGCUAUCCUUAAACUAUUAAAGAUACAACCCACUCGGUUCAA